CUUCCGGUUGAUACAAAAAAAAAGGGUUGUGAGGAAUAUUAUCCUCUGAGCAUUUUCUUAAGUGUUUGCAGAUCAGGAAAUAUUUAGAAAUAAAAUGAUACGAUACACAAACAAACCUGACGCGCAGCCGUACAGCGAAUCAGCCCAAGGCACACUGUAGCAUUAUCAUAGCAUCAGAGCUCAACAGCAGCUACGACAAAACACCUUUAAUGUCUUUCUCCUUUAAUAAUAGCAUAAAUUAGGUCAAACAUGGAAGCAAAAAGGGAUAAAGAGCAAGAAACAGAGUGUGCAAAGAUCACUAAUGGGCUCCUGAAGUCCCGAACUGGAGAAUUUGAUUUGGAAUCCAUUUUAUUUCUCAAACUAAGGGGCCUAGGAAUAUAUGAUCUCGGAUGCAUUGGAGAAUGUAUAAACCUGGAAAGGCUGGACCUCUCUGGGAAUAAUAUUACAAAUCUAGCACCUCUUGUGUCACUCCGACUUCUUCUUGUGCUUAAUCUGUCUGCUAACAGGAUUUCCAAUAUAGAAUCCCUCUCUGGUUGUGAAAGUCUACAGAGUCUGAAUAUGGCAGGCAAUCUUAUAUCCAGCAUUGAUAGCCUCCAUGCUUUGAAGUCUUUACGGAAAUUAGAGAGUAUCAGGCUGAAGGACAACACCUACAAUUACACUAAUCCAGUUUGCAAGAACCCGUCAUACAGAAACACAGUGCUUGAAAUGUUCCCAAACAUCAAGGUGUUUGAUGGGGAACGGGUGGCUGGCCGGGGAAGUGAUCUGUACCAGUUAUGUAAAGACAUUGAUGACACAAUAAAAGCAGGCAUGUAUAAAAAUGGCCAGCUGCCAGAACUGCCAGAAUGUAAGCCAUGGGUAGAAGAUGGAUUUUGGGAGAUAAAGAGAUCAAAUAAUGCCAUUGUUGAAGAAGCCUACAAACAAUUUAAUGAUGUUAUUCAUGAAUGCAGGCUGCUAAACAGAAGAGCAGCUCAUGCAAUCUCACAAACUGAAAGGACACUUGGCCUCAAAAACCCACCAAAGCAGUAUUCUGUUUGAAAUGAGCACACAUUGCUAAAUAUUAUUUUAUUAACAAAGUUGCUAAAACCCACCUUUUCUAUUUGUUUUUAAAAACCUGCAUGCUUUACACAUCACUGGUGCCAGAACUCCUGAAUAGUCAGUGCAUAGAGGACAAGCUUUACUGCAACUCCAUUGUUGACCUCUUGUUGUUAGACUGUCAUGAUGUGGUUAUUCUUGUAUUUAUUGACUGUUCUUGUUUUUCCUUUCAUCCACUGCUUAUUGGCUUUAUUUUUGUGUGCUGCAGAGAAUUGUGCAUAGCCUUUGUAAUGUUGCAUUGUUUACUUUUUACUUUUUGCCUGCAUUUUUCUGACUCUGAACUUCAUCAUAGUUUAUAAUGCAUCUAAAUUGAUAAAACACAUAAUAACUCUGUUGUGUUUUCCUAUUUUUAACCUUUGUACUAUGUUAAAAGCAAUGUUUAGUGUUCAUUGUCAAAACUGGCUGGGUACCUUAAAACUAUUUAUGAAGAAUUUUAAAAUGUUUAAUAUUAACUAUCAUGAAUGUCUUUGUGGCACAGUGAGUAGCAUUGAGCCAGAAUUCAUUAAUUUUAAUAUUGAACAAGUUUAGAUAUGUUAGCUGGGCAAAUAAAUUAAUUUUUAAGCAAAAAAUACACUCGAAUGAGUGAGGAAAACAGCAUUUUUCCCCAAUUUGAUCAGAUCACAAUAGGAUUAUGCUUUUCAGUGUGGAGUAAUUUGGAUAACUAGACGUAGGUUUACAUCGCCAUCUUGUGGCUGUUUUACUGUGCUUUCUAUUCUGACGCCAGCUAACAGUCCCACUGUCACUAGACUGUUUAAUACCCUUAAUGCAGAUAUACCAGGACAAAAUUGGCUAAUUUUUCUGGCUAUUAUUAAACAAUACUUGUAAUUAUGAUACUUUUGUUUUUAAUUCUCAAAGUCUGUUUCUGGGAAAAUAUAUAUAAUUUAUAUCUGA